AUGCCAAAAAAAGAAAAAGAAGAAGAAGAAGAACCAAUGAUGACAAUCGGUGGAUGGCUUACAUUACUUUUUUGUUCAUUUGGUAUUGUUACCAAUAUUUUCACGGUUAUUGUUCUAUCACAUCCACGUAUGCGAAAUAGUUCUACACAUGUUUAUCUAAUGGCACUAUCUGUAUGCAAUAUAUUUCUUUUGGCUGGUCUAAUGAUUAAUUAUUCAUUAAAAUCUAUUGCUUCCUAUCCUGAACUAUUAGCAUAUUUACGUCGACCGGAUCGAAUAAAUAGAAAUGCUUUAUUAGCUAAUGCUUAUGAACAAUUUUAUGCACAUGUUGCACCACUUACAACACCAUUAUUAUCAAUGCUUUUACUUUCAAGUACUUAUUUAACUGUUCUACUUAGUGGUGAUCGUUAUUUUUUAAUUUGUUGGCCAUUAAUAGCUGAAAAAGUUCGUACACGUAAAAUGGCAUUACGUUUAGUAUUACUUGUUUUUAUCAUUGUUAAUAUUUAUAUAUUACCACAUUGGUUUGAAUAUCGUACAGCAACAAGACAUAUAAAAACAAUUCAUGCAAUAACAAAUUUUACAUUUAAUAAUGAUACAGCUCCUACAAUUAUUUUUACAAGUAAACUUGUUGAAUUAACAUAUACAAGUCUUGGUUCAAAUGCAAUAUAUUUAUCAAUAUAUCGUUUUUAUUUAAAUGUUCCUAUAACAUUUGUUAUACCAUUUACAUUAUUAACAUUAUGUAAUGGUAGUAUGAUUCAUCAAUUAUUAUUAAUAAGAAAGAAAAAAAAACGUUUAGGUCAUCGUAUGAAAGCUGAUAUACGUAUAACAAUAAUGUUAAUUGUCAUUGUUUUAACAUUUAUGUUAUGUCGUUCAGUUAAUUUAUUUGUUAAUUUAUUUGUACAAUUAUCACCAUGUUUAAAUCAAAAUUCUCUUCAACGUUUUAAUACAUUUGCAAAUUUAUUAAUUGCAUUUAAUGGUUUUGUUAAUUUCUUUUUAUUUGCUGUAUUUGGUCAACGUUUUCGUGAAAUGGUUUUAUAUAUUUUUUUUCGUCGUGGACAAUAUCCUUUCUUAUCUGCAUUAGAUGGUAUAAGUGCACAUCGAACUGGUCCAUCUGGAGGAUUACCAAUAUUAGAUGCUAUACGUAGAUCAUCAAGACGUUUAUCAACUAAUGAUUCAGAUAUUUGGGCAGCUAUAGCACGUCGACGAUCAUCAGCAACAAUGGCUGUUUUAUAUAAUCCAUCAGAUAAUCGACCAAGAUCAGCAUCAAAUUCAAUGGUAGAUUCAGCACAUUUACACAUUCCAAAAUAUAUAAAUGAUGAUAAACAAAAUAUAUCAAAUUCAUCAAUAAAUAUGACUGAAUCACCUUUUCCAAAUUCAUCAUAUCAACAAUUAUCAACAAAUCAUAAUACAACAAUAACAUAUAAUUUAACUGUACCGAAUGAAAAUCGUCUAAAAAUUUCAACUCCAAGUUGUAUGAAAAAGAAAACUGAUGAUUUGACACCAGCAACAGCACAUCGUGUCAAAUUUGUUUAA